AACAAAUGUAAUCACGAAUCAAACUCCGAUAAUCAAUCACCCAAUAAACAGGAGUGUUUGUGUUUUUCAUCCUCGCGCUGAUCAAAGAGUCGAUACUGGAGCGACGACGUGGAGUUGAGCUGAUCAUCGUCCUGACACACGUGACUACCGCUGAGGGAACUCGGCGUGGGGGGAGGGGGUGGUAAAUACCUGAUAUGAAUUUAUGUAUCUUUAUUAAGUCAAAGCUGAGACAAAGAAGUGAGUCUGAGUUCAAUCUGUAUUGAAGUCACAAAGGCUCGCGACGCGGAGUGAACGGAAAUAGGUUUAUGGAUUUAUUAAAACGGCACGUGCUUUGUUGUUUAACGUUUAAAGAAUAUGUUCAUUGCCUUUGUACUAAAAUGCAAACGUUAAUUGAUUAAAAGUUUGAGUCAAAACACCAAUCAGGCGUUAAUCGACGUGACCAUUGUCACAUCCGCCAGCCUCCCGCGCACUAUAUAUAUAUAUAUAUAUCCUUGUCGCUCCUAUCUGCGGGAAAGUCAACAGUCACCAAACCCGCGGUCUGUGGCAGUCUCCCCCCAACUCUCAGCGAGUGGCUGCCAAGGAAGCGGCGCUUCCGAGAGUCCUCACUCAGGUGUCCCUCCCGGGGGGAGCCCAACACCUGAAACGCAAUCUUCAGCGAGUCAGCCGGGUCAUGGUCUCAGUCCCGGUCCUCGGGGGAGCCACUGAGUUGGAUUGAGUGAGCAUGUUUGGCAGCGAACCGCUGGAAUCUCCACCUCACAGGUGGCUCCAGGUAUAACUGCAGCUGGACCUUCUCCCGUCACUCACACUCCGGUCACCAUGGUGGAGCACGGCGGCCUGGACAUCAUGUGCCUCAACAAGUACUGCCACAGCUCCUCCUCGUCUUCCUCCAGCUCCGAGUCGGAGAAGAAGGUGUUCUCCAAGUUGAAGCUCAGCUUGUCGGAGGGCUACCCGCGGAAGAACGCGGAGAUCCUGAGCGGCCAGUACGGAACCAACGUGCUGCUGAUCGGGGCGGCGUUGAUGCUCGCCAUCGCCCACCACGGACCUUCUGUCAGUGAAGGCCAUUUGCUUUCCUUCAUCACCUGCCUCAUGAUCGUGCAGCUCCUCUGGAUGAUGUGGUACAUCGUGGUCCGGGACAGACGAAGCAGCGCCAGGACGGAGAAGGACGUCCAUGCCACCACAUGCUGGAUCAGAGGCGGCCUGACUCUCCUCGCUCUCCUCUCAUUGAUCAUGGAUGCUUUCCGGAUCGGAUACUAUGUCGGAUACCAGUCUUGCGUGUCUGCCGUGCUCGGAGUGUACCCGGUCAUCCAUGCCACCCACACCAUCGCACAGGUGCACUUCCUCUGGUUUCACAUCAAGGAUGUCAUCAAGAGUUAUGAAACCUUCGAGAGAUUCGGGGUGAUGCACGCCGUCUUCACCAACCUGCUUCUCUGGGGAAACGGAGUGAUGUCAGAAGCCGAGCACUUCCUCAACAACCACAAGAGACGGCUGUCCGCGCUGGGCUACGGAAACCACUCAGUCGUUCACUCGGAGCCGCACUGUAACUGCACCACCAGCACCUGCUCCAUGUUCUCCAGCAGCCUCUACUACCUGUACCCCUUCAACGUUGAGUACCACAUCUUCGUCUCCGCCAUGCUCUUCGUCAUGUGGAAGAACAUCGGGCGGAUAAUGGACCUGUCGUCCAACCAGAAGAGGCCGGCGACCCGGACACAGGGUUUGACCUUGGGACCUAUUCUGGGACUAAUCGCUCUGGCCAGUACGAUCGGGAUCCUGGCGGUCUACGUCACCAACGUGGAGGGUUCGUUGCAGACCCACCAGUCAGCCAUCUCCAUGUUCUACGUUUACGGCAUUGUCAUGCUGGUGUUCAUGUGCUCGGGCGGUGCUGUCGGCCUCCUGCUGUACCGAGUGGACCAUGUGCCUUUAGACACCACGAAGAACCCAUCUAGGCAGCUGGAUACCGAGCUGCUGUUCGGGUCGUCGAUCGGAUCCUGGCUGAUGUCAUGGUGCAGCAUUGUGGCCGUGCUGAGUGCCGACACCUCCCCUCCUUACCUCUGGACCAACUUCAUGUAUUCCCUGCUGGUGGUGUUGGAGAAGUACGUCCAAAACCUCUUCAUCGUGGAGUCGCUGUACCGGCAGCAGGAGGACAGGCCUAGGGAGGAUCCGGAGUUACCUGCUGCUCCGGAGAUCUUCUCUGUGACCUCAUCUCUGGCCCCACCGUACAAGGGCAUCAUCAACCGAGCGUACGAGACGCCGGACCAGACCUGCGUCACCAUGGAGAACGAGCGGGAGGAGAACGGGCAGGUCUACAAGUGUCCCAGGAAGCCAUCGGAGGUGACACUAACCACAACCAAGGAAGUACCCGAGGCCCCGAACAUCAGGAGUAAAAUCCUGAAAAACAUUGCUGUCUUCCUGAUCAUGUGCAACAUUUCGCUCUGGAUCCUUCCAGCUUUCGGCUGCCGGCCGCAGUAUGACAACGGUCUGGAGCAGGAGACAUUCGGCUUCAGCAUAUGGACCACGGUUCUCAACUUUGCAGUCCCACUCAAUCUUUUUUAUCGCAUGCACUCGGUGGCUUCCCUGUUCGAAGUCUUCCGUCGAGUCUGAGGUCAUGACUGAGAAUCCCUGAAACAUUCAUCUCUGGCGGCUCCUCAGAGGUGGUCUGGUCUCACCUGAGGACACACAGCAUGAUCAACAGAGCCAGUCUGCUUCAGCCUUGCUGUGAGGUAGAAAUAUAUAGAAGCACCUCGUAUAUUGCCAUUCCUCUCGUUGUCAAAGAGACCAGCGUGUGUUUAUCUAACGCCACAUCAUGUGUAUCUCAAAGAGCCAGUAAGUGCAAUGCUGUAUCUGAAGUAUCCAAAGGUUCUCAUUUAUGAAUGGUAGAAGUGUAUGAAAGCCUUAGUGAAACCAUAGUUACACUUAAGUGUGUUUUUCCAUGUCUUUGUUGGAUUGCAGUUCUCAGAGCCCACAUGAAGACACUCAGUCAUCUGUGCUCUGUGCUGCACAGAGCAGUGAGUAAGGAUCAGCACAAUAAUCUUACAGAUGACCAUCAUUCCCUGUUCAUUUGUGGAAAAAAAAAAAGACUUUUGUAAAUGUGAGAAUUUGCAGCUCUGUGACUGUGAUCCGGAACGAGUUCUCAAACUGGUGCUACCACUCGUUCUCACUUCGUGCCAUGAGGUAUUAUAAAAGUCUAUUUUUUGUUUGUAUAUCCUCUUUGUAAAUAUGCUAAUGCUGAUCGAAAUCAUCGCGCAGACAUGUGAUUUUGUGAA